UUAUCUCCAAAGUCCAAAGAACUGCUGGUUCUCAAUUCUCAUACAAUAAAAAAGGCAACAGUCUAUGGCUACUCUUGCUCCUCCAUCAUCCUCCUCUUUCACCUUCUCCAGUCCAGCUUUGAGGCUUUCUCAUCCUUCCCUCUUAUGCUCAUCACGCCUCUCUCUUUCUUCUUUGUCGCAAUUAUCCCCACUCUCUUCUUCUCUCUCAAUAUCUCCUUCUUUUGCUGCACAACCCAUAUGUUCAAGACGCCUCUUUACCUCUUCUUUCACAGUCAAGGCUAGUGCUGCAGAGAAAAAGAAGGUCCUUAUAGUUAAUACGAACAGUGGUGGUCAUGCAGUUAUUGGGUUCUAUUUUGCUAAAGAGCUCUUGGGUUCUGGCCAUGAAGUCACUAUCUUGACUGUUGGUGAAGAGAGCUCUGACAAAAUGAAGAAGCCUCCGUUCAGUAGGUUCUCAGAAAUUGUGAGUGCUGGAGGGAAGACAGUAUGGGGAAACCCAGCGGAGGUAGGGAAGGUUGUGGAAGGAGCAGCAUUUGAUGUGGUGCUGGAUAACAAUGGCAAGGACCUGGAUGCUGUGAGGCCUGUAGUAGACUGGGCCAAGAGUGCUGGUGUGCAGCAGUUCAUGUUCAUCAGCAGUGCUGGAAUCUACAAACCAACCGAUGAACCUCCUCAUGUUGAAGGGGAUGUUGUUAAAGCUGAUGCUGGACAUGUUGGGGUGGAGAAAUACAUAGCAGAGAUUUUCAGUAGUUGGGCUAUAUUCCGUCCACAAUACAUGAUUGGGUCUGGAAACAAUAAAGAUUGUGAGGAGUGGUUUUUUGAUCGAAUUGUCCGGAAAAGGCCAGUGCCAAUCCCUGGCUCUGGGAUGCAACUGACUAAUAUCGCCCAUGCCAGGGACUUAUCCUCCAUGCUUACUCUAGCAGUAGAGAACCCAGAAGCUGCAUCUGGCAAGAUAUUCAACUGUGUAAGCGACCGCGCUGUGACCCUGGAUGGAAUGGCCAAACUCUGUGCACAAGCUGCAGGUCUACCGGUAGAGAUUGUGCAUUACGAUCCAAAAGUUGUUGGAAUUGAUGCAAAGAAAGCUUUUCCUUUCCGAAAUAUGCACUUCUAUGCGGAACCACGAGCUGCCAAGGAAAUAUUGGGAUGGCAGGGUACCACAAACCUUCCUGAAGACUUGAAAGAGCGAUUUGAUGAGUAUGUUAAGAUUGGCCGAGACAAGAAGCCAAUGCAAUUCGAGAUUGAUGACAAAAUACUAGAGUCACUCAAAGUUCCAGUAGCCGCGUGAAUAAUAAUCACGAUAAAAAAUCUACCUACCCAUUGUAGAUGGCUGUAGGAGCUGCAUUUUAUCUCUCAUCUCUGUUCUAUAUUUUGUCAAGAAUUAUUUAAUUUAUUAAGAAAUUAUUCAUCUGCUAAUAUAAUUCUGCUUUGAUUAUAGGUCUAA